CCCUGACGUUAAAAGCCACUAACGGCUGCUGAUGUGUCAAGACAGGUGGAAAUUUUUUAAACCAAUUGUUAAUUGUUUUAAUCCAGCGUGUUUUUAAACCAAUUGUUAAUCCAUCCUUAUCUUUAAUGUUGUCUUCUUCAUCUGGUCCCUCUUCUUCUCUCUCGUGGUCCCUCUUCUCUCAACCCUUUCGUUGCCUUUUCAUUCAAGUGGUCCCAACAACGACAACUCCUUGUUUUGAGUGCUCCGGUCCCAAAAAACGACAAGGUAAGUCCCACUUUCUGAUUCUAUUGUUUAAUAAUUGCGAAUUUCUGUCUUGAAUAUUGUUUAGGGUUGGUUGUUCCUUGCAUGCCAUAUACCAUUGUUUAGGGUUUUAUUUUGUUGUCAAGUCACUGUCUGAUAUACCAUUGGUUUACUUGAAAUGUGUAGGGAAUGGGGUUAUUUAAGGUUGUAUUUUUUACCAAUGGCAAAUUUGUAAGAGAUGAAGGGGUAUCAUAUGAAGGGGGCGAUGUUUUUGCUAUAGCUGGUCAGGACCCAGAUUUCUGGUCAUAUUUUGAAGCAUGUGAUUUACUUAAGUCUUUGGAUGCUUCAUUUAUAAAGGAAGAUGUGAAAAUGUGGUGGAAGUCCGAACAUGGCUCACUUGAAAAUGAUCUAAAACCACUUGUUAAUGAUGAGGAUGCAACAUUGUUAGCUAUGUGUGCUGAGGAGACAAAGUCUGAUAUUGAGAUAUAUACUGAGCCAAAAGAAAAAGAAAAUGUUAAUGUGGAGGAAAGUGAAGAUGGUGAAUCAAGUGAAGACUCUUUGGAUGGCAUACAUUUUGAUGAUAGUGAAGAGGAGAGGAUGAAUGAUAUUGAUGAAGAUGUAGGUGAAGAGAUCAACAAUGGUGCAGGUGGAGUAGAAAAUGGUGCAGGUGGAGUAGAAAAUGGUGCAGGUGGGAUACAUACAGGAAUGAUGACAGCAGAGAUGGAAAGGGAACAUUUAAUUGAUGAUGAAUACUUAACAGAUGAGCUUGAUAGUGGGGCAGAUGAUGAUAGUGAUGAUGGUAGGCCUUCAGUGAUAAGGUUUAGGGAUGAUGAAAAACUUAGAAAGGAAUUUAAGUUCAAGGUUGGAAUGGAAUUUUCAUCUCUGAAGCAAUUUAAAAAGGCUGUACUGGAACACAAUGUGUUGAAUGGUAGGGAAGUUAAGUUUGCCAAAAAUGAUGGGAAAAGGUGCAGGGUUAUUUGUAAGGAUAAACAACAAUGUGGUUACACUGUUUUAUGCAGUAGAGUUUUGAGAACUGAAUCUUUCAGGAUUAAGACUUUAAUUCAGAAGCACAAAUGUGGAAGAAAGUUCUUCAACAAGAAUGCUAAUGCUGAUUGGGUGUCUAGAAUAAUUGUGGACAAGUUGAAGAACAAUUCAGGUAUGAAAUUGAAUGAGAUUGUUUCUGAUGUUAGAUUGAGGUAUGCCACAGAAAUUACUGGAUGUAGGGCUUUCAAAGCAAGGCAAAUAGCUAGAAGGGUUGUUGAAGGUGACUCAGCCAAGCAGUAUAGUAUGUUAUGGUCAUAUGGAGCUGAAUUGAGAAGGGCAUGUAUAGGUAAUACAUUUAAGUUGAACAUUUCUGGUUUGCCACCUAAGUUUGAAAGGUGCUACAUGUGCUUUGAUGGUACAAAGAGAGCAUUCAAGAAUGGUUGUAGACCUUUCAUAGGAUUGGAUGGUUGUCACUUAAAGAACAAAUAUGGUGGAAUAUUAUUGAUAGCUGUCAGUAGGGAUGCUAAUGAUCAGUAUCUUCCACUUGCCUUUGGUGUUGUGGAGACUGAGUGUAGGGAUUCUUGGAGCUGGUUUAUGAGGUUGCUUCUUGACGACAUAGGUUCUGAUAAUAGGUGUUGCUUCAUUUCUGAUCAGCAAAAGGUGUUAUUUGUUAAUCUUUCUUUCCUUAUAUGUGAUUAUAUGUGAUUUUAGAUAUUAACGUAGGUCUUUAUAUGCAGGGAUUGGUGAAUGUAUUUGAGGAAGACUAUCCUGAAUUUGAGCAUAGAUUUUGCUUAAGACAUUUGUAUGCUAACUUCAAGAAGAAGUUUGGGGGUGGUACACUCUAUAGAGAUCUAAUAAUGGCUGCAGCAAAGGCAACCUAUUUUGAAGAUCAUGAGGCUAAGAUGAAUCAAAUCAAAGAGGCAAAUCCAGAUGCCUAUGAAUGGAUGAAUGCUGUUCCCAAGAAUAAGUGGUGUAAGCAUGCCUUUCCCUUCUACUCUAAGUGUGAUGUUCUUAUGAACAACCUAAGUGAAUCUUUUAAUGCUACUAUUUUGAUGCAAAGGGAUAAACCUAUACUUACCAUGUUUGAAUGGAUUAGGAACUACCUAAUGGGUAGGUUUGCCACUCUUAGGGAGAAGGUAGAGAAUUACAAAGGAGUGAUUAUGUCUAAGCCACUUAGAAGGUUAGAUAGGGAGAUAGAAAAAAGUGCUAGUUGGCUGCCCACUUAUGGAGGUAGAUUAACAUUUCAGGUUACUCAUGUAAUGUUCACAGAUAGUUUUGUUGUGGACUUGGCAAAACAUACCUGUUCUUGUAAUUUUUGGGACUUGGUAGGGAUCCCAUGUAGACAUGCUGUUGCAGCCAUACAUAGGAAGGUAGAUAACCCCAUUAACUAUGUACACAAGUGUUAUCAUAAGUCUACCUAUGUAUCAUGUUACAAUGAAGUUAUCAGUCCUAUUAAUGGCCAAAACAAAUGGCCAAAGACCACUGACCCUGAAAUCUUGCCACCUAGUUAUAAGAGAGGUCCUGGCAGACCAAAGAAAUUGAGAAGAAGAGAGGCUGAUGAAGAAAGUCAAACAAGGUGGCAAAGGACUAACACAAGUCAUAGGUGCAAGAUUUGCUUUGAAUAUAGACAUAACAAAAGGACUUGUAAGAAAAACAAACAGCUAGCAGUUAUUGUUGGUGAAGUACCAAGAGAUGUACCAAGAGAUGUACCAACAGAUGUACCAACAGGUGUUGCACCCACCCAAGGAAGCCAAACACCUAAUGUGGGAACUUCUGGAGUCAAAAAAAGGGCUUCUGUGCAAGUAGGAGGGAAAUCAAAGAAGUCAAAGUCUACUGCAAAUGUAGGAGGGAAAUCAAAGAAGUCAAAGUCUACUGCAAAUGUAGGAGGGAAAUCAAAG